CCGCGUGAGGGGUUGGAUGGGCGGGUCUUGGCCGAGGUCACACGACUGCUGAGCGGACGGGAGCCCGGCUGGAACAUGGCGACUUGCGCCGAGAUCCUGCGGAGCGAGUUCCCGGAGAUCGAUGGGCAGGUCUUCGACUACGUGACGGGCGUUCUGCACAGCGGCAGCGCGGACUUCGAGUCUGUGGACGACCUGGUGGAAGCCGUGGGGGAGCUGCUGCAAGAGGUGUCCGGGGACAGCAAGGAUGACGCGGGCAUCAGGGCCGUGUGCCAGCGCAUGUACAACACCCUGCGCCUGGCCGAGCCUCAGAGCCAGGCAAACAGUCAGGUGCUCCUGGACGCCCCCAUCCAGUUGUCAAAGAUAACGGAGAGCUACGACUGUGACACCAAACUUCCAGGGCUGCUAAAGAGGGAACAGUCCUCGACGGUGAAUGCCAAGAAACUGGAGAAGGCAGAGGCUCGACUGAAAGCAAAGCAGGAGAAGCGCUCGGAGAAGGACACACUCAAAGCCAGUGGUCCUCUAGUCUUGGAAGAGGCAUCAGCCAGCCAGGCAGGCAGCAGGAAGGAGAGUCGGUUAGAGUCGUCUGGGAAGAAUAAAUCCUAUGAUGUGCGAAUUGAGAACUUCGACGUGUCUUUCGGUGACAGGGUGCUGCUGACGGGCGCAGAUGUGAACUUGGCGUGGGGCCGCCGCUACGGACUAGUGGGCAGGAACGGGCUGGGGAAGACCACGCUGCUGAAGAUGCUAGCCACCCGGAGCCUGCGCGUUCCUGCCCACAUUUCCCUGCUGCACGUGGAGCAGGAGGUGGCAGGGGACGACACUCCCGCCCUUCAGAGCGUGCUGGAAAGUGACACCGUGCGGGAAGACCUGCUGCGGCGGGAGCGGGAACUCAGUGCUCAUAUUGCUGCGGGCCGGGCCGAGGGCUCUGAAGCUGCACGGCUGGCGGAAAUCUAUGCCAAACUGGAGGAGAUUGAGGCCGAUAAGGCACCUGCCAGGGCGUCUGUCAUUCUUGCUGGGCUGGGCUUUACCCCUAAGAUGCAGCAGCAGCCCACCCGGGAGUUUUCAGGCGGCUGGAGGAUGAGGCUGGCUCUGGCGCGGGCUCUGUUUGCUCGGCCUGAUCUGCUGCUGUUAGAUGAACCCACAAACAUGCUGGACGUCAGGGCCAUUCUGUGGCUGGAGAAUUACUUGCAGACAUGGCCCUCCACAAUCCUGGUCGUCUCUCAUGACCGCAACUUCCUGAACGCCAUCGCCACUGACAUCAUCCACCUGCACAGCCAGCGGCUGGACGGCUAUCGGGGAGACUUCGAGACAUUUAUCAAGAGCAAGCAGGAGCGACUGCUCAACCAGCAGCGUGAAUACGAGGCGCAGCAGCAGUACCGCCAACAUAUCCAGGUCUUCAUUGACCGAUUCCGCUACAAUGCCAACCGCGCCUCUCAGGUGCAGAGCAAGCUCAAGAUGCUGGAGAAGCUCCCAGAGCUGAAGCCCGUGGACAAGGAGCUGGAGGUGGUGAUGAAGUUCCCAGAUGGCUUUGAGAAGUUCUCUCCACCCAUCCUGCAGCUGGAUGAGGUGGAUUUCUACUAUGACCCUAAGCACAUCGUCUUCAGCUGUCUCUCCGUCUCUGCUGACCUCGAGUCCCGCAUCUGUGUGGUUGGGGAGAAUGGAGCAGGAAAGUCUACCAUGCUGAAGCUGCUUAUGGGGGACCUGACUCCCGUCCGAGGCAUCAGACACGCUCACAGGAACCUGAAGAUCGGCUACUUCAGCCAGCACCACGUGGAGCAGCUAGACCUGAACGUCAGUGCUGUGGAACUGCUCGCACGCAAGUUCCCUGGCCGGCCUGAGGAGGAGUAUCGCCAUCAGCUGGGCCGCUAUGGCAUAUCUGGAGAGCUAGCCAUGCGCCCUGUCGCCAGCCUGUCUGGGGGCCAGAAGAGCCGGGUGGCCUUUGCUCAGAUGACCAUGCCCUGCCCCAACUUCUAUAUCCUGGAUGAACCCACGAACCACCUGGACAUGGAGACGAUUGAAGCCCUGGGCCGUGCCCUCAAUAAUUUCAGGGGCGGCGUGAUUCUUGUGUCCCACGAUGAACGCUUCAUCCGACUUGUGUGCCGGGAGCUGUGGGUGUGCGAAGGCAACGGCGUGACGCGAGUGGAGGGCGGCUUUGACCAGUACCGUGCCCUUCUCCAGGAGCAGUUCCGCCGGGAGGGCUUCCUCUAGGUCCCUGGGCUGUGGACGGUGCUCAGGACAUGGACUGGCCUCUCGGACCCCUGGGCCACCGCAGUGGCAGCCUUUUCCAGACCACAGACUCCCCUGUCUUUGGGAACAGCCUUACUUCCACUUCUCUCCCUCUGACUGGCGUGUCUUCUGCAUAGUCCAGGGAGCCCCGUCUAAAGUAUCCGUGAGGACUGGUGUUCCAGGGGAUGGGCAGGCAGUGCCCUGUGGGGUUCUGGGGUUCCACACUGCCCUGGCUCUGACUGGGCCUCGAAUGGCUGCUGUGUACAUUAAAUCUCUCCCUGCGGC